AUGUCGUUCCGAGUGGUCUCCUCGCCGUUCGUCCGCCGGCUGCUGGACGUCAACAACAGAAAGCUACUCCAGCAGCGCUCGGCAUCGACGCGCGAUCCCUACUCCGAUCCGCGUGGGUUUAACUACACCAGUAUGAAGAAAAAUCCAGCGGUCCUGCCCCUGGUGGUUAUCAUAGCAACGGCCGUCGCCGGUGUCUCCGGAUUCAUGGUCUACUGCGGGUUUACCCGUACCGAUGUGAGCCUCGACAAAAAGGUCUUCGAGCACGACACGAUGGACGUUAUGGAUCCGAAGAAGAGAAAGAUUUUGGUGUUUAACCAGCAGUACCCAGCGAUGCCGGAGCUAGCCGCGGCCCUCAGCUACCGCGACGACUACAAGAAGCUGGCCGCAACCGAAAAGUAA